CCCUGCAUUUUAUCAUGUCUGUUAUCAGGAUAGUUUUCACCAAUCCAUCCUUCAGGGGACAUGUAGAUGUCAAAACACAAUCUCCUCAGACUUUUGAUACAGGAUAACUACCUUAAUCAUGUUCAUUUCAUCCUUUUCAAGCACAAAAUUUUUAAGUGGAAAUUGAAUGCUAACUUACAAUGCCACAUUAUACUCUGAAGACUUUUUACCCUUUUAACAAAAAACAACAUAUUAUUCAAACUGUGUCAUAAAAAGCAAAAUUACCCAUGCAACCAUCCCAGAUGGAGCUCAUUUGGGUGAAGUCUGCUGACAAAGAGAGAAAUAGAAAUCCUGAUGUUCCUUGGGUGCGUCAUUGUAUUGAAAAACAGAAAGACACAUUCAAUUAAAGAUUUCAUUGAUGUGGGAUGUAUGUUUGCCAAAAUUGCCAGUAUUAUCAUGUUCUUCAGACAGAAUGUGCUGAUGGCUGUUGGAUAUGGAUUACUAUGUCUAGCACACAUUGCAUUUCUUCCUAAACCUAUGUACUCUGGUCCAGAACUUAUUACAUAUUUUAGAGCAAAUGGAUUAAGGGAAGAGCUUUCAAAAGAUAAAAGAGUAACAUGGCUUGUAGAGUUCUAUGCAGCCUGGUCUCCAGCUUGUGUAAACUUUGCACCAGUCUUCUCAGAACUUUCAGCAAAAUAUUCACUGGAUAAUUUAAAAUUUGGUAAGCUGGAUGUGAGCAGAUUUACAGAGGAAGCAAAAGAAUAUGGUGUUGACAACUCCUCCUGGUCAAAGCAACUCCCCAGCCUCAUACUGUUUGAAAAUGGCAAGGAAAAGAUGAGGAGGCCCCAUGUUGACCAUGCUGGCAGGAUUUACAAAUUCCCUUUUAUAAUGGAAAAUGUCAUCAAAGAUUUUGGAUUGAAUGAGACAUAUACCCAGUGUAAAAAGAACCCUAUUGUGAAGAAAUCUAAAUCCAGUACAGAAGAGUCAGAGGGAGUGAAGAAAACAAACUGAAAAUGCUUUAUUUCUUGCAGUUGGUAGUGUGAUUUUGGCUGACUUCAAGAAUAUAUGGAAAUGAGUGCAACUGUAAUGAGAACUUCCAAUUUUCUCUGUAGUUAUCAAUUUUUAAUGGAACUGUAAAAUCCACCAUUUGCGUUCAGCAUUCAAGUAUGCAUAGAUAGCGGCUAUAUCCUAAAACAAAAAAUGACCUUUUUGGUCUGAGCUAGAGAUUUUGUUGGAUCAGUAAAUGCUUUUUCUUGGAAAAUGCGCUGAUAUCCCAGGCAACCCAGUUCGUAAAUGGACAAUGUGCAAUUUAUCCCUCCCCUGCGCAUCCCAAAUGGAAGAUCGAUCUGCCGGGUCAUUUCCAAUUUUCUGGUGUUAUUCUCGUGAGAUACGUACCCUACGUACCAUAACGAUUGUGAAGAAAUAGGAUAUCCCUCUCCGGGAGUUAUACAUAUUCCCGUUAUCUGGUCUGGUCACGAAUUAUUUGGGACGUUUUAUUAAUGUAUGAGUUGAAAAAGACGUACAUGAAGUAGAGUUACAGUUAAACAUUUUCUGUUUGUUCGAAAGUAAAUGCUUUCCAGUGACAACGUUUUUGUUCGUAUUUGUUUACAGUUUUUAAAGAAUAAAGAUGUAAACCCUG